AUGAUUGGAAUCAUCAUUGUCACUUAUAAGUUCAACAUGAAUGGUACUAUGUCUGAGAUUUUGAGUGCCAAGAGAGGCAUUAAGAAAGGUGAUCCUAUAUCACCUUUUCUUUUUCUCCUAGUUAUGGAAUAUCUCCACAGCGGUGAUGAGGUUUCUGUGAAGAUGAUGAUGGGAGCCUUUAGCAGGUUCACGAAGUCCACUGGCCUGGUGGCAAACCCUAGUAAAAGUAAGAUGCUCAUUGGUGGCUUAGAUAGCAGAGACAGGGAGAGACUCAGAAGCUUAACAAAUUUCCAAGAAGGUGGCCUUCCUGUUAGAUACCUUGGAGUCCCAUUGACCAACAAAAAGAUCACCACCCAUGCUUAUAUGCCUCUGGUUGAGAAAAUUACUGGUAGGAUGCAACACUGGACCACUAGGGUGCUUAGCUAUGCAGGCAAAAUUCAGUUGGUUAGAAGCAUCUCUUAUGUUAUUGCCCAAUAUUGGGUGCAUUGUUUUCCCAUCCUCAAGCUUGUUAGUAAGAAAAUUGAUGCCAUUUUUAGAAGUUUUAUUUGGAUUGGUAAUUCUGAGAUGAGUAGAAAAAGUCCAGUGGCUUGGAAUAAAGUCUGUAGUACUGCUAAGCAAGGAGGAUUGUAG